AUGACUGUGUUGGGGGAGACCGUGUCUUUUUCUAUUCGAGAUAAUAGUGUUAUACCUGCUACAUCUCUUAUGGAAAAUUGUUCUUUCGUUGAUGCUAUUGAUGCCGCGGUCGAGAUAGUAUUUUUGCAGGAGAAUAGCCUUGAUAGAGUACUUGCAGAUUCAGAGGCUAUGGAGGAGGAAGAAUUACUCCUUGAAGAAAGCAUUGGAGUGAUGGAAAUUCUUGGGCUUGGAACUCAAAAAGAACUUGCUCAGCCUAAAUUAGAGCUUAAGGAGUUGCCAAAACACCUUAAGCAUGUCUUUUUGGAGGAAGAUGAGCAAAAGCCCGUGAUUAUUUUCGCUGAGCUCAAUGAGGAGGAAGAAGAAGAGUUAGUGAAAGUUUUGAAGAGAAAUAAAAGAGCAAUAGGCUGGAGCUUAUCUGACAUUCGAGGAAUUAGUCCUACUACGUGCAUGCACCGGAUCAUACUCGAGGAAGGAGCAAAACCUGUUCGUGAUGCACAGAGAAGGCUAAAUCCAAAUCUUAUGGAAGUGGUCAAGAAAGAGAUUUUCAAGCUUCUUGCUGAAGGAAUCAUCUAUCCGGUGGCUGAUAGUGAAUGGGUCAGCCCGAUACAUGUGGUGCCAAAGAAAGGGGGUAUCACCGUGGUGGAGAAUGAUAAAGGAGAGUUGGUCCCUACACGAGUCACCACUGGGUGGCGAAUGUGCAUUGAUUAUAGGAAAUUAAAUGCAGCCACGAAAAAAGACCAUUUUCCUUUACCGUUUAUUGAUCAAAUGUUAGAUAAGUUAGCUGGGCAUAAGUUUUAUUGUUUUCUUGAUGGAUUGUCUGGAUAUUAUCAGGUGGCUAUUGCUCCAGAAGAUCAGGCGAAGACAACUUUCACGAGUCCUUUUGGAACUUACGCCUGCAGGAAAAUGCCCUUUGGAUUAUGCAAGCACCUGGGACGUUUCAAAGUUUUUGGGUCUUCAUUUCAUGAUUGUUUGAAUAAACUUGAGCGUGUUCUUGAAAGAUGCAUUGAAAGUAACCUCACAUUGUCAUGGGAAAAGAGUCACUUUAUGGUAACAAGUGGAAUUGUACUUGGACAUGUUGUCUCAAGUGAGGGGAUUGCAGUAGAUAAGGCUAAAGUGGAUGUUAUUGAAAAAUUACCUCCACCGGUUAAUGUGAAGUCUGUUAGAAGUUUUUUGGGUCAUGCGGGUUUUUACCGUAGAUUCAUUAAAGAUUUUUCUAAAAUUAGCCAGCCUUUAUGUCGAUUGCUAGCUCAGGAUGUUCCUUUUGAGUUUGAUAAAAAAUAUUUACUUGCAUUUAAUACUCUUAAGGAAAAGUUAAUUUCUGCUCAUGUUGUUAUAGCCCCCGAUUGGUCUUUACCAUUUGAGAUAAUGUGUGAUGCUUCAAAUUCUGCUGUUGGAGCUGUCUUAGGACAACGAGUUGACAAGAUGUUGCGUGUAAUAUAUUAUGCAAGUUUGACACUGAAUUCUGCUCAAGUGAAUUACACGACAACAGAAAAAGAGCUUCUUGCAGUUGUUUUCUCAUUGGAUAAGUUUAGAUCUUACAUUCUAGGGUCUAAAGUUAUAGUUCAUAGUGAUCAUGCAGCUCUUAGAUACUUGUUGACUAAGUCCCAAGCUAAGCCUCGUUUGAUUAGAUGGAUUUUGCUUUUACAAGAGUUUGAUGUCGAGAUAAAAGAUAGGAAAGGUAGUGAGAAUGUUGUUGCAGAUCAUUUAUCUCGUCUUCCUCUUGUUGAUUAUGAUGAAGCAUUACAUGAGCAUGGAAUGAUUUUUGAUUCUUUUCCAUUUGAGAAUGCUUGUGAGAUAGGUGCUAUUCCAUGGUUUGCUGACAUUGUAAAUUUUCUUGCUUGUGGAAAAAUGCGCCCUGACCUUUCUUCUCAGCAGAAAAAGAGAUUUUUGGCAAAUUGCAGGUUUUACUUUUGGGAUGAUCCCUAUCUUUUCCGCCUUGGUAAAGAUGAGGUGAUUAGACGUUAUAUUCCUGAUGAAGAGAUACAAGAUGUGUUGGCAUUCUGCCACGAAGCUCAUUGUGGAGGUCACUUCGGGGGUCGCAAGACGGCUUUUAAGGUACUUCAGUGUGGAUUGUAUUGGCCCUCUUUAUUUAAGGAUGCCCAUAAUUUUUGUCUUGCAUGUGAUAAGUGUCAAAGAGUUGGGAAUAUUGGUAGAAGAAAUGAGAUGCCUCUUAAUAAUAAUUUGGUUGUUGAAGUCUUUGAUGUGUGGGGUAUCGAUUUUAUGGGACCAUUUCCCAAGUCAUCUGGAUAUGAGUAUAUUCUUCUUGCUGUAGAUUACGUGUCUAAGUGGGUUGAGGCAAUCCCCACACGGACAUGUGAUGCUAAUGUCGUUAUCAAGUUUGUGCAGGAUCAUAUUCUUUGCAGGCAAGCUGAGACGAGCAAUAAGCAAAUUAAGGGGAUUUUGGAGAAGACGGUUAAACCAUCGAGGAAAGAUUGGUCAACCAAACUUGGAGAUGCAUUGUGGGCGUAUCGUACCGCCUACAAAAGUGUGUUGGGAAUGAGUCCUUACCGGCUUGUUUUUGGAAAAACGUGCCAUCUCCCGGUUGAAGUGGAGCAUAGAGCUUAUUGGGCUAUUAAGUCGGUCAAUUUUGACUUGCUUAAUGCAGGAAAAGAACGAGCUUUGCAAAUUUUGGAGCUCGAUGAGUUGAGGAAUGAGGCGUAUGACAACGCCAAGAUUUACAAGGAUAAGGUGAAGAAGCUCCAUGAUCGAAACAUUGUGAGGAAGGAGUUACGCCCUGGAAUGAAGGUUCUUCUAUUUAAUUCUCGAUUGAGAUUAUUUCCGGGUAAGCUACGGUCACGUUGGAGUGGACCAUUUGAGAUUGAAGAAGUUUUUCCAUAUGGGGUGGUUAAAUUAUUCAAUCCGUGGAAGCAAGAGUCGUUUCAAGUCAAUGGUCAUAGGGUGAAGCCGUACAUUGAAGGAGGAAUUCGUCCAAAAGGAGUCGAGUCCAUUGUACUCGAUGAUGUGAUCUAUGAUUGA